AUGGAGUUCAUAGGUGUUGGAUGGGUUAGUUCUUACCUUAAUCGCUUUUACUCUGUUUUUACGUCAACUCGACCCUUAACUCGAGCUCACCAAUGGGAGAAGAGCUUGCCACAUGGCACAAUCACUACUUGGGAUGAAUGCAAGAAGGCCUUUCUUGCUAAGUUUUUCUCCACCGGUCGCACAGCCAAGCUUAGAGGCGAGAUAUCGAGCUUCAUCCAGCGAAACAAUGAGACAUUCGCAGAGGCUUGGGAGAGGUUCAAAGGCUACCCAAGUCAGUGCCCACAUCAUGGAUUCAAUAAUGAACUACUCUCCACUCUUUAUAGAGGAUGUUUGCCGAGGUAUAGGGAGAUGCUAGACACAGCUAGCAAUGGGAACUUCCUCAACCAGGAUGUAGAUGAUGGCUGGCAACUUGUGGAGAACAUCGCCAACUCCAAUGGAAGUUAUGGAGAAGAGUAUGAUCGCACCAAUCGGAGAUCGACCCACCACUCGAUCGAGUCAGACGAAAAGUUGAGAAAAGAUGUUAAGGCAUUGAAUGAGAAGUUGGAUAAGUUGAUCAUAACUCAGUCCACAAUGAAGAAAGUCAACUUUGUGUCUGCUGAGGAGAUGGAACCAGUCCAAGAAGGGGAGGUUACACAAUUUGCUGAGGUGUGUAACAUGAGCAAUGGGCAAGGAGGCUACAACAAAGGAUACUAUAAUUACAAGUUCAACCCUGCCAUGUCAUACCGCAACACUGAUGUUGCUAACCCUCAGGACCAAGUCUAUCCUCAACAACAAGCAGCUCGAUCGAGUCAAGCGCCACAACAUGGGUAUGGUCAAAAGAACAAUUACCAAGGACCCCAAGGAACUUUCCCCGGACAACAAAUGAAUAUACCACCAGGCUUCCCCCACCAACCACCCCAGCCUACACCUUCGCAAGAGAAUGAGCUCAAGGCAAUGCUAAAACAACUGCUUCAAGGGCAAGCUGAUGGGGUAGUGGACACAAGUAAGAAACUAGCUGAAAUAAACUCCAAGAUCGAGAAUCUCAACACAAGAGUUUACUCUCUGGAGAAUCAUGCUUCUUCUGUUGCUGCUGCUACAAAGCAAGGACAACUACCUUGUAAAGCUAUUCAGAAUCCCAAGGAACAGUGCAAGGUCAUCUUCACUCAAGAAAGACUUGUUCAAGAGGAGGAUCAAGAGAGAGUCAUUGAAGAGUUUUGUUUACUGCUGAAUGAUGAUGAGAUUGUUGCUGCUGAGGCUCCUGGAGUCCAGAUUGAUCAACCAGAAGUGCAGGCACCUACUGUGGUCCUUCACACUUCACCAGUUGAGCUCGCACAACAAGCUCGAUCGAGCCCGACGUCUACUGUACCAAGACCAAUUUUGCUUGAUCCCUACCAACCGGUUGCCACAUCCUCGUCUCACCUACUUAGUCAAGGUCACAUUCACAAGUUCAGAAGAGAUCUCAGUGGGAUUAGAAUUGAGUUGCCUCCUAUGGAAAGCAUGAGUGAGGCAUUUGAUCAAAUGCAAAUGGUCAAGGAUGUUCUAGCCAACAGUGAUAAUGUUUGUUCUGGACAAGAUGCUCCAAACCGCCACCAACAGAGACAAGGGAUUGUUCCACCACCAGUGCAGAACCACAACUUUGAGAUCAAGCUGGGAAUGAUCAACCUUGUCCAGAACAAGAUGUUCCAUGGAUUGCCAAGUGAAGACCCCAUUGACCACCUUGAUGAGUUUGAUAGGCUUUGUGAUUUGACAAAGAUCAAUGGUGUCUCUGAAGAUGCCAUCAAGCUGAGACUCUUUCCUAUGUCUCUAGCUGACAAAGCUCACCAAUGGGAGAAGAGCUUGCCCCAUGGCACAAUCACCACUUGGGAUGAAUGCAAGAAGGCCUUUCUUGCUAAGUUUUUCUCCACCGGUCGCACAGCCAAGCUUAGAGGAGAGAUAUCCAGCUUCAUCCAGCGAAACAAUGAGACAUUCGCAGAGGCUUGGGAGAGGUUCAAAGGCUACACAAGUCAGUGCCCACACCAUGGAUUCAACAAUGAAUCACUACUCUCCACUCUUUAUAGAGGAUGCUUGCCUAGGUAUAGGGAGAUGCUAGACACAGCUAGCAAUGGGAACUUCCUCAACCAGGAUGUAGAUGAUGGCUGGCAACUUGUGGAGAACAUAGCUAACUCAAAUGGAAGCUAUGGAGAAGAGUAUGAUCGCACCAAUCGGAGCUCGACCCACCACUCGAUCGAGUCAGACGAAAAGUUGAGAAAAGAUGUUAAGGCAUUGAAUGAGAAGUUGGAUAAGCUGAUCCUAGCUCAGUCCACAAUGAAGAAAGUCAACUUUGUGUCUGCUGAGGAGAUGGAACCAGUCCAAGAAGGGGAGGAUACACAAUUUGCUGAGGUGUGCUACAUGAGCAAUGGGCAAGGAGGUUACAACAAAGGAUACUAUAAUUACAAGUCCAACCCUGCCAUGUCAUACCGCAACACUGAUGUUGCUAACCCUCAGGACCAAGUAUAUCCUCAACAACAAGCAGCUCGAUCGAGUCAGCAACUACUUCAAGGGCAAGCUGAUGGGGUAGUGGACACAAGCAAGAAGCUAGCUGAAAUAAACUCUAAGAUCGAGAACCUCAACACAAGGGUUUACUCUCUGGAGAAUCAUGCUUCUUCUGUUGCUGCUGCUACAAAGCAAGGACAACUACCUGGUAAAGCUAUUCAGAACCCCAAGGAACAGUGCAAGGUCAUCUUCACUCAAGAAGGACUUGUUGAAGAAGAGGAUCAAGAAAGGGUCAUUGAAGAUUUUUGUUUACUGCUGAAUGAUGAAGAGAUUGUUGCUGCUGAGGCUCCUGGAGUCCAGAUUGAUCAACCAGAAGUGCAGGCACCUACUGUGGCCAUUCACACUUCACCACCUGUUUUGCUUGAUCCUUACCAACCGGUUGCCGCUUCCUCGUCUCGCCUACUUAGUCAAGGUCACAAGGAAGUGAUUCACAAGUUCAGAAGAGAUCUCAGUGGGAUUGGAAUUGAGUUGCCUCCUAUGGAUAGCAUGAGUGAGGCAUUUGAUCAAAUGCAAAUGGUCAAGGAUGUUCUAGCCAACAGUGAUAAAGUUUCAGAGGUCCUACAAGAGUCUACUCAUCAGUUCAACCUGCUUACUUCACCCACCUUCCUACCAAAGGUCAAGGAUCAAGGGAAAUUCACUCUCCCUUGCACACUUGGGCAUCUUGAGAUUGACAAUGCCUUAGUGGAUUCUGGAGCAAGCAUCAAUCUGAUCUCUCUCUCCAUGGCAGAGAAGCUAGGCAUUGCUGGAGCCUUGCAGCGCCCUACUACUUCAAUCAUGUUUGGAGAUGCAACUUCUAAGUCUCCUCUUGGAGUGUUCAAGAACUAUCACUUGAAAAUUGGAGAAUGCAUCAUCCAAACUGAUCUCACUGUGAUGGAAAUGGAAGAAGAGAAGGAUCUACCUCUGUUAUUGGGAACCCCAUUCCUUAGUACAGUUGGCGCUUCAAUAGACUUUCACAAGCAAGAAGUGAUCCUUCACAAGGUGAAUAGUUUGGUGUCAUAUCGCUUGCAGCCUAGAGGUUCAGACUUUUGUGCCACAAUUGACAGUACCACUCUCAGUUCUAAGAGUCAUGGAGCUACAAAGGUUGUGAAGGAAAGGGUUGACAAAGAACCAAGAGUUGGGAAGGAUAAGGAUGAGAGAGGACCAAGGAUUGAGAAGCCACGUCUUGAGAGGGCUAGAGUUGAGAAACCACGUUCUGAUAGGACCACGAGCUGA